AUGUCCCAGACUGGUGACCAUCCUGGCAUCUCUGGCAACCAGAAUAUCAGUAGCUUGACCUCUAUUGCGCCUCACACUAGUACUCCUGCUGGCAGCAAGUGUCAGGUGGCUGUCUAUCCUGAUCUUUGGUGUCCUGCUAAGAAGACAAAAACAGACCCAAUCAAUCUGACAGUUGACGAUGACAUGGUCACUGUGAAAGCUGAGCCAGUUGAGUUCAAGAACCCCUUCAUCAAAUCACAGACAUCAUACAAAGAGCUGGAAGCAUGUUUGACUCAGGCUGAGGAUGACUCUAUCACCAAGACCAGCCUGAUUCUCAUUCUCAAUUGUGAACUGAAGGCUCUGAAAAAAGAGAAUUCCAAGUUGAAAGAUGCUCUGAAGGCAGAGAAGGGUGGAGAGGGGAGCAGGUAG